UAUCUGUGGAACUCAAGGAAGAAGAAAAGAAGAAGAAUAAACUGAAUAAAAAUAAACAAAACAUUUUAUAUUGGUUGACCUAGAGCUAAUAGAUAUUUUUAAAGUUAAAAGUGUACACUUGAAAUUUUCUAGGAAUUGAUAUGGAAUCGAUAGUCAAUGAUAAAGAAAAUAUCAAUAGUAACAUGAGGCGAAAUCCCCAACAACGGAAAAUAAUUUACAGAAAUCUUUUAAGUAAAAUAGAGGGAAUUGAGGAAACUGAAGAAGUAGGUUUAAGAACAGUGAAUGAAAUAGGAGAAGUUCUGAGAGAAGCUAAUUCACUAGACACUGAAUGGCUUAUUGAUGAAAGAGUAGAACAUGCUGAUGAGACUUAUUUAGAUUGUUUAGUUUUGUCUUCUGCCAGUUCUGUUUUAAAAAAAUGUAUACAGGCAGUUGAUGUCUUCACUUCUACAUAUGAACCUGAAGAAUUUUCCCAACAUAUUAUAAAUAGUAUAAAAGAUGAGGACAGUGAUGAAAUGAACCCUUUUGAUUUACUAAAACUUCUUAAGGAUGCUAGAGAAAUCAUUCCUAAAGUACCAGAUUACACAUACGUUUACGGCAGUUAUGACUUGGAAAAUCUGCCACAGCCAAAACCAAAAAGACAGAUAACAAGAACUCAAAAAGAGAAACUAGAAAAGAAAGAACCAGAGCAAGUCACUAGCAUGACUAAAGAGGAAGAUACCAUUGAAGAAAUUCUCAAAGUUUUCUUGGAAGUCUUAAAUAAAAAAUAUAAAGAAGCAAAUGAACAACCUAUAAAGUAUUAUGAAUAUAUUAUAGACACUGAUGAUUUUGCCAAUACAGUAGAGAAUAUGUUUUACUUUUCUUUUUUAAUAAGAAAUGGUAAAGCUAGUGUAGAUUUAAAUAGCAAAGGAGAUCCCAUAAUAAAACCAGUCAAGAAAAAUGUACACAAGGAAUUCAGAGAUAAUGGUGGAAUUAAUGCCCAAAUUAUUACACAAAUAAAUGUAGAACGAUGGAAGAAAUUCAAAAAAGCUGGCUAUUUGCAAGAAUACAAAAGAAAACAUUCCACACCCUAACAUUUUUUAUUUAUAAAAAUAUAACUAUUAAUAAUUUUUUAUU